CAAAUUAAUUCUUUAAUUUAGUAAAGAUUGAAUGUUAAUUAUCAAUGGGUGAAAGAACGUCCAUUAACAGAGACCCAAGAAUUAAUAGAAUUUCUAAAAGAAAUAGUAAUAGUCAAUGGAUUGAAGGUUUUGAACCAAAUAAUCGUCGUCCUCGGUAUCAAGAGGAUUCAACGUUUCAACCAGCUUGUGCUAAUAAUAUAAACAUCGAUCGACGAAAUAUUAUUCGCAGGGAUCAAUUCACCCAAUAUGAAAUUUUCCAAAAUGAAGAAAAUCCACGCAACCCUUAUCUAGAACAAAUGUUCAUAAGUAAUCGAUGUUAUGAAGAAGAAAAUAUAGAGACAGUGUCAGUUACUAUUAUUCGAAACUUAAAUCUUGAAAAUCCACGUCAAAAACGUUCUUGUGACUGCAAAAGUCGCGAUCAGAUUUUUUUAAAAGUCAUUAAAAGGAAAACUUUUGGCAGUCAUUUCGAAUGCAUUCAUUUAGGAGAAAUAGAUCGAAGUGGAGUUGAAAAUAUGGUUGGUAACGAUUCUGAGAAUGUAGAAGACAUUGAUGCUCGACCAGCAGCUAAAAUAACAACUAGGAGAAAAUCAGUAAACAUAAAAGUCGCAAUAGAAGACGAAAACAUUAAGACUUUCUUGGAACAGCUUGAAUAUUAUAGAUCAAAACAUCGUAUAAAACAUUUUCCUGCUGAUAAAGUUCACAACUUGAAACGUCUCAACUUUAACAGCUUAAGUGAACAUUUUCAUUUUUGUGAUCCUUUUUUGGAUCUAGAAAAGUUCAUCGAAGCUUUAGGAAAUACAACCAAGAAACAUGGUGUGAUUUGCAAAGUUGGGUCUACAGUAGCAAAACUUGUCGAAGACAGCUCGGGAUACUUAAAAAUAUAUGUCAAUAGAGCCAAGAGUGAUCUAGAACUAUCCAAUAUUUGUGCUGUUUAUAUUUAUAAUGACGCAAACGGUAGAAACCAUUGCGAACGUGUAGCUGUUCAAUGCGGAAGGGGUCUUUCUGGGAUUGGUAAUGAAAGAAAUGAUUUUGGAGCGGUAAAAAUUGAAAAUUUAAAACAUGUUCGAUUGUUAUAUAUUGUUCCAAUAUAUGAAUCAAAAGAAUUGUCAGUUAGUGAAAUACUCCGAUCGAAUAGCAAUACUAACAAUUUCAUACAUAUUGUAACUAAUUACUUAUUAGAAAUGAGUAACAUUGAGUCAACUUUUUGUGGAGAAUGCAAUAAGGUGUGCAAAAAUAAACAUAAUCAUACAGGAACACUGGAUGUUUAUAAAACUGAUGACAACAUAGAUUUAUUAGACACCAACACUUUGACACGUUCGGACCUUAAAAAAGUAGAAGAAACAAAUUUAAAAAUUCACGGAGUAACAAGCUUGACAAAUGUGUUUGAUCGAUAUAAAGAAAUAAUUUUAAAAUGGACUAAAUAUUUUGAAGACAAUUUUCUGGGAUCCAAGUUCGAAAUUUCAGCUCAUGAACCAUAUUUUAAAAUAUCAUCUUAUCCUUUGUGGUAUCAAAAUAAGAAUAAAGUAAUGGAAAUUAAGACGAAAGAAAGAUUUUUAAAAGAUAUUAAAGAUCCGUCAACUCGUCGCUACAAGUGUUCAAUUAUGAAUGAAUGUAAUUUUGAGACAAUUUUAAAAGAAGAUGCAGAAAAACAUUUGAUAGAAUAUCAUCUCAACAAAUUAAGCACGGUCGAUUUAACAAGAAAAGUUUCUGAAUCGAUUGGAAAAUGACAAUGUAUUAAAUAAUUUCAUAAAUAUCAUGCGAUAAUAACAAAAUUGAGG